GCCACACGCUGUACCGCUGUACUCCGUAAAGACUUUUAUUACUUCCCUAGAGCCUACCACAAUUUAUAAUUUACCCCACCAUUUCCUCCCCACCCAUAAAAUUAUUUGUUACUUUGUACUUUGUUGAUCUUGAAUACCAGUAGUUAUACCUCAUAAAAUAACAUCUGCCAAAAUGUCUAACAUUAUACCCAAUCAAGCAACGACAACCGCCAUCUCAAAUCCAGCAGAGAUGUCUUCAUCGCCCAAACCUGGUCUUUCAAAAUUGGCAAAUCGUUAUAGAGGAGCCACAGUCGAAGAUCUCGACCCUCCAUCUGCGCUCUCCUGUAACCCUACCGAUCCCAUCUCAUAUGCUCUUAUGAGCGCCUUCGAACGCGAUUACACACACCUCACUGUCGUAACCCCCGACACCCGCGCUCUCCUAGGCUACCUCUCCAUCCCUCAUCUACGCAUCUUGCUCGAGACAGGAAAAGUGCAAGAAUCAGAUGAGGUAGCCAAAGCCAUGGUAAAGUUCAGGAGGAAGGGAAAGGUUUACAGAGUUAUUACCAUGGAUACGCCGUUGGAAGAUUUAGAGCUAUUUUUCAGUGGGGGAGAGAAUGGUGAGGGGGGCAAACAGGAAUUUGCCGUUGUGACGGAUGAGAGGAGAAGAUUUGUGUUGGGAGUUGCGACGAAAACAGAUUUGGAGGAGUUUGCGAGGAGGAGACCUGCUUGAGAAAAUUAUGCAUAUGAUGAGAAUGGAUUGGGAAAAUGGAGUUUGGGAUAUCAAAGAGUGCGGGUUUAGAAUGCAUAGCGUGGACCAAAAUUUAGGGGUACUAUCGAAUGCUGCAUUUUGCCAAUUUUAUGUUUAUGUUUGACUAUUUGCAAAGCACUUUACCUACUCGCCGUUCCUCCUUGGAAUCAUCGUGAUGAGUUCCGAGUGUGGAUAGUGUUCACGCAAAGUCAUCAUGUUCUCUAGAAAU